GUCCAUCCAACGCAUCAGUAACGUGGCCCGUUAUUGGGUCGCGUUAGAAGUAGUGCACUUUCGCUUAUGCCGCCGAAACCCAUAUGGGUCAGACAUCCUACGACUGAUGACGAUGAGACGGAGAACGUUCGCUUGACCACUAUCAGUGUUUAGCUGCUGCUGGCCAAGCUUUCUAUUGGUUUCAUAUACCACACAGUUUUUUUUUUUUUGCUGCUAACGGAAGCAGCAGCACCAUGUCGCGGGUUACAGUACAAGAACUGGAGCAUGCAAACCGGCCGACCACUCUAGAGCUAGAAGAAGAACGUAGCUACUUUACAUCGAUUAGCGCCUCUCGCUUGCAAAAUCGGGGUCAUCCCACAUCCCGCGCACCGGGUGAAGAAAAUCUAUCCUGCGCGAUAUGGCCCACAUUCAACGAGCCAGAAAAUAUUUGUCACGUUUCCAUCGUCCAACGGCCAGCGGACACGGGCGCGAAGGGUUGCCCGGGGAAGGCCUCACGAAUAAUUCGAACCUCAAUCGGUGCAGAAGCGAUUACUGUGUUUAAACCAGUCGCUUCAUGUUCAUUUCAUCUGAAGAUGACUGCGCGAUAAGACGUUCCUUGUUCCGGUGGAUGUAAUGAGUGAGUAGAAUUGGACGGUGCGAUAAAACACACUCGGCAAACCCGUAUAGUGGUGGGACAUCACAUUGAAGAGGAUCCAGAUCUAAAGUGUUGUGCUGUGAAAGAAUAGUGAACAGCUUCCCAACAGCUGGUUUUGGCAGACAGGACAUUUUAUGCCGUGCACCAUGGGUUACAUUAGACGCUCGGUGGUUAUAGUGUUGUUUGUACAGCUGUUCGGUCGUAGUGAACCGAAAACGAUCGUUUACAAUUCAUACUCCAGCAAUCCCAUCCAAUCGGAGGAAACCCGACUACAUAAUGCCACAGAGCAGUACAACACUCCUAGUGAAACGCAACAGCAACAGCAGCAGGAAGCUAGUGAAUCAUCUGGCAGAGCGUUUUCCAGUGGGGGCAGUGGUGCCAGCUUUCCAUUCUCCAUUCAUCCCGAUUUCCUGACGAAACCUGUGCAAGUUGCACGCCCGAAUGCUGGCUACAAAUCGCCCAAGUACAUUGUCUAUCCGAGCUACUCGAAAACCAGUCCCAACAGCGCCAUUCCGUACUACAACGCUCCUGUCGCAAUGGACCGAUUUGCUCCCGGAGAGGCAUACGGUGGUACCAUCUACAAGCUGAAGAAGCAAAAACAAUCCGUACAAUCCGUGCCGUUUGGAUCGAUUCCGGCAGCGUCAUUCAACAGCCCGGUCAGUGUUCCAUCGCCGGGCGCGCUUCGAGGUGCCGCUUCCGAUAACAGCCCAGUUAGUGUGAUGGCACCUUCUGUGGCGUCCUCUGACGGACCAUCAGCGCCAUCGUCGUCCGGAAUGCAAGACAAGCCAAUGUUUAUGCCUACGUCCGUUCCUUCAUCUGGUGAGCUUUGGUCAUCCUCUAACUCCACCGAAAAGCCGAGUUCAAACUCAAAACCAUCAUCAAACGGUCCACCAGUCCUAACGUCGCCUGGAAUGCAAGACAAGCCAAUCUUUAUGCCGACGCCCGUGCCUACGUCUGACAAUGUUUGGUCGCUAAUUGAUUCUGCCGAACCGCCGAAAUCCAAUUCGACUCCCGAUUCCUCCGAAAUCAUCCUUUUCCCACCCAAUUCCCACACUGGCUAUUUACCUCCCGCAAACAAGUCUUCCGUUAUGAAACGUCCCACAAAGAACACAACCGAUGGAAGCUCUUCCAGCUCAGAUGUUUACAAACCGGCGAGUGAUCUGUACAGUUUUCCACCCAACACCAAUGCUAGUUACCUGCCACCUCCCUCAGAGCGUUCGAAACAUCCCGUGACUAGCUAUUUGCCACCACCCUCGGGUGAUAUUACCGGGUACGUUAUGAACACUCACUCGGAACCGAUGGAUUAUGAAGGUUCGGCGGAGCUGUUUAAAUUUCCACCCAAUGUAAACUCCGGGUAUCUGCCGCCGGCCGGUAAACAUACGUCAGAACACACCGGUACGAGCUACGGGGCGCCUCCUUCGGGCGAUCCUAGUUCACCUUCCAACUCGAAACUGGUCAAUAACAAUGAAUGGGUUCAGUAUCCGACAGCAUCGCUUGGACCGAACGAACUGCACCGAUUUCCUCCCAACACGAUGGCAAGCUAUUUGCCACCGGAUGGAAAAGCACGGCCAAUGCACUCGGCCACCAGCUAUAUUCCACCACCGUCAGGUGAUCCACAUGAGCCGGCCAAUAUGAAACCGUCGCCAACGUCUUACUUGCCUCCCAAAGGCCAUUCAAAGCCUGCUGGAGACACUUUCCGAUUUCCACCCAACAUACAUUCCGAUUACCUUCCCCCGGUUGAAAAGGACCCACCGAAAGCAACCGAUACUAGCUACCUUCCACCUCCGUCCGGCAAUCCGUACUCUCCUGCCAACUCGCAUCCUCCCAAGCCAUCCACCAAUGCAUACAUUCCACCGGCGGACUUGUUUAAGUUUCCACCGAAUGUGCACUCGCCAUACUUGCCUCCCACGAACAAUCCCCCAAGACAGAACAACGCUGUGACGAGCUAUCUUCCUCCUGCUUCCGGCAUUCCAGGUGACGAUGCCAUCGGAACCAUAUCGGUUGGUCCGGGCAAGCCACAGUAUUUGCCCCCGAGCUAUUCUGAUAAUGGACCGCCAAUGUCAGCUGCACCAGCGUCGAUGUCGAUGAUGCCGAACAAAAUGCCUCCCAUGUCAAUGGGGAUGAUGCAAGCGAUGGGUCCGCCUUCCUCGAUGGAUGGCCCGCCGACAGGACCUUCCGGGAUGGAUGCAGAUUACGAUCAUCACCAUCACGAUCACGAUCACCAUUCGCACGAUCAUCAUCACGAUUUUCCUUACUUCACCGGUUUUGACCACGAUCACUAUCCGGAUGUCAUUUUCGACCACGACCACGACCACUACCACCACCAUCACGAAGAGCCAACGACGACGCCUCCUCCUCCACCACCUCCACCGGUACCGGAAACGCCUAGGUUGAAAAAUUACAGCUACUACUAUCUCAGUCGCACGCUCUGGUAUGUGCCACUGUACUUCACGCUGUACUUUACGUUCUACGUAGCAAUUCUGAUCAUACGGUCCAUCGCUCGACAUAAGGUUAACUUGCCGAAUCAAUGGGUCGGAAAUACACGAUCGUUCGGUAGCAUACGUGAUCUGAGCGACAAGGAAACGCAACAAAAGGCAACCAUGAUGGCAACGUUCGCAAUGAAACAGAUAGAGGAUUUUAGAGAAAAAUAUCUUUAAAUUAGUUAGAGGCGGCAGCUGGGAAGAUCAACUAUUGGGCGC